AUGGCGACGAAAACGACGACAAAGAAGAAGUUAAAGAAGAAGAUUUCCGCCGAUGAAAAUGAAAGCUUUUCCCUACAAGCGCUCGCUUUGGUUGUUGUCGGCGCGGCGUGGUGGGUGCUCAAAAAGAAGAAAGAUGGAACAGGGAAGGAAAAGAAGAAAACGACGAAGAAGAAAGGUGGACCCGCGUUCAACGUAGAGAACAUUACUAAGAGAUCCGUGAAUUCAUCAACGAAGAAUUCGACGAACGUGUUACCUCGAAACAAGCAACAAUCGAACAAAAAAUCGAAAGCGAGACGCGACGCGUCCAAGGCGAAGAAAGAACAGAAAGCAGAACAGUUGAAACGAGACAUAGAGCAGGCGAAGAAAAGUUCUUCCAAAGGAGGAGGAAACCAGGUACCGAAAAGUAACGACAUGAUGGGCGGGGAAGCCGGGAAGACGUUCACGACGACGAGUCACGUGAAAGUUCCUGUUUGGUACGCCGAACAUCGCGACAGGACCGGUAAGAAGGACAUGUGA